AUGUCUGCUCAAUCGCAACCUGCAGCCCUUUCCGCACCAGCAUGGAGGCAGUUUACGUUCUUCGACCUUGCGCCAAUACGGGACAUCCAUGACCUGGGCAGUCCGCCCGAAAUAUUCCAGGUACAUAUACACGGCAGUGUCUACCAGUUGAACCGCGAAUUCGAGAUUGUCAGGAGCUGGCUAGCGCACGCUGGUGGGCGAGUGACGCAUAUGGUGGAGAGAAAGGGAAUUCUGAUCACGCUUGGGGAGGAGGAUACGGCACGACAUCCCUUCCUCAAGGUCUGGGACCUGGAACAUACCGAUAAUAAGACAGGGUUGCCUGCCUUGCUAAGAUCCACCAAAGUACAGAGCGGGAAUAGACCCCACCCUGUCUCUACUAUUGCAUUGUCAGCUACGCUAGCGUACCUUGCCAUAGGCCUUGGGGACGGCACGGUCCUACUAUAUCGACAUCUGGAUCAGUCCAUAUUUUCUGGUUCGACGUCCCUUUCGGCCUUACCGAAACCACGCGUGGUACAUGAGUCGGCAGGGGAGCCCAUCACUGGAUUGGGGUUCCGCGAACCCGGCGAAGACAGUCCGAACAUGUAUCUUUUCAUUGUAACACUGAACCGAGUGCUCGCGUACCAUGCGAGCGGCAAGGGGAGCGGCGGACAGCCUACCGUAGUCAGCGAGCUGGGAUGCGGACUUGGAUGCGCGGCGAUGGAUGGGAAUAGUGGGGAUAUGGUGGUCGCCCGAGACGAAGCCAUCUACGUAUGCGGGAUUGACAGCAGGGGUUCAUCAUUCGCAUACGAGGGGAAGAAGGUGGCAGUCCACACGCACCGAAACUAUAUGAUUAUUAUAUCUCCGCCCAUCGCGCCAUCCGUGACUGCAGCGUCUGCUACGGUGCGAAACCUCGCGGCUAAGAGCAAGAGCACGGACAAUGCGGAGAUCACAAAACUGACGGUGUUCGACCUGGAAAACCAUUUCGUAGCUUAUACUGGGACAUUCACCACAGGCAUUCGCGAAGUCUUUUCGGUGUUUGGACAGAUAUAUGCUCUCGCAAAUGACGGUUCGCUCUCGUGCCUAGAGGAGAAACCCACGUCGGCAAAGCUGGACAUGCUUUAUCGCAAAUCUCUUUUCUUGACUGCUUUAAACGUUGCAAAGACUCAGGGCCUCGAUCCGGGCGAAGUUGCAGAUGUGCAGCGCCGCUUCGGCGACCAUCUAUACGCCAAAGCAGACUAUGACGGAGCUGUGCAGCAGUACCUCAAGACGAUAGGACAUGUUCAACCGAGCUACAUAAUUCGCAAGUUUCUCGACGCGCAAAGGAUUCACAACUUGGUUACCUACCUUCAGGAGCUCCAUUCGCUAGGUCGUGCCAACUCUGACCAUACUACGUUGCUUCUGAAUACGUACACGAAGUUGAAAGACGUCUCCCGCCUCGACGCUUUCAUCAAGCGCGAGUCUGCCAGAGCCACUGAUGAGCUACCAUUUGAUCUUGACACGGCUAUUCGGGUGUGUCGCCAGGCAGGGUACUUCGAACAUGCGUCAUAUCUUGCGAAGAAAUACGAGCGACAUGAAGACUACCUCCGUAUACAAAUCGAGGACGCAGGUAACUACAAGGAUGCGCUAUCGUAUCUGCGGAGACUAGGAACAGAAGCAGCCGAAUCCAAUUUGGCGCGAUAUGGGCGGGCAAUGCUCAAUAAUCUCCCUUAUGAGACUACGCAACUUCUCAUCGAUAUCUGCACUAGUUUGGAACCACUGAUGUUUGACGACGACGAGCCCAAGGGCGAACCAGCUGCCUUAACCCGCCAGCCAAGCACGAGUGGUGGUCCGUCGUAUCUCUCCUAUCUCGCAUUGAAUAGGAACGCGGCACCGGGCUCCUCUUCCGCUACGGCCUCCGACCAAGGGCCCGUAGCACCAUCGUCCGCGUCUACCACAACUGUCAAGCCGGGAGCGUCAUCACGUCAACUGUCGGUUGCGCAUGAGCAGGAGCUGUCGAGGACAGCCACUCCCCCUCCGCCGACGCCAACCAUCACUAGUGCUUCUCCGGUGAAACCGACAGUGCACAGCGUGAAACGACCUUCGCCCCGUCUGUUCUUUGCGCACUUUGUCGACCAUUUGGAUUGCUUCGUGAGCUUUCUAGAGACUGUCGCUUUGAAGCGGUGGGGCCAGACUGUGGAUGCUAUCGCGAAUGGCUCUGUUGAGGUAGAAUCGGAUUCGAAUGCGCUCGAGGAAGCUGAGCGCCAGGACCAGGUCUCCGUGUGGAACACGUUGCUCGAACUCUACCUAGCCCCUGGACCGACAACAGCAGAGCGUCAAGCAAACCAGGACAAAGCGCUCCGUGUACUGCGCAGUGAAGGAGGGCGUAUACCCUAUGACCCUACACAUGCCCUUAUCCUAUGUUCGACAUGCGGAUUCACACAGGGUCUUGUUCCGUUAUGGGAGCGCGCUGGGAUGCACGAGGAUAUCCUGCGCUUCUGGAUGGACGAACACCGCUCUUCGGCAGAAUCGUCUGAGGAAUCCGCCGCAUCGGAAGAAGUCGUUCGUGCCCUCCGUCUGUAUGGCCCCACUCACCCUUCCCUGUAUGCACUGGUUCUCCGCUUCCUCACUUCGGAGCCCGCGUUGUUGCGAAAACAUGAGGAGGAUGUGAAGGAUGUGCUUCGCGAAGUAGAGGAGAGGGGGGUGAUGCAGCCGAUGGAGGUUGUUCGAGUGCUUGGGCGGAACAAUGUUGUUGGCGUCGGCAUAGUCCGAUCAUGGCUGGCGAGAGUGAUUACUGAGGGCAGACAGGCCGUGAACGUGGAUCAACAACUCAUCGAUUCAUACCGUGGGGAGACGCAAGCGAAGCUGAAGCAGGUGCAAGAGCUAAGCGACCCAGACCGUCCGCGCGUGUUCCAUGUCACACAAUGUGCCGUUUGUCAAGGCCAGCUGGACUUGCCAAGCGUGCAUUUUAUGUGCGGGCACAGCUACCACCAAAGAUGCCUGGGCGAACAUGAAACGGAGUGCCCUAACUGCGCUCGUGCACAUGGUCUCAUACGUGAGAUUCGGCAAAACAACGAACGGCUCGUGGAUCAACACGAUGUAUUCCUGCAAGAAGUUCGCGAGGGUGGAUUCUCUGCACUAGCUGCUGGUUUCGGAAGGGGUGCGAUGAACCUUGCGCGAUUGGAGGAUGCGGUUGUGUAGGAGCAGCUAGACUUUAUCACCGCGUGUUAUGCGCCCUGAUGGCGAGGUGCGCUUGAUCAUAUCUGUUCUGCGCCUUGCCUGUCAAAUGUUUUGUCUGGAGAGGUGCUUAGGCCAAGAUUUACAUCUGGAAAUAGGAUGCUGGAUACCCAUUGCGCUG